CGGAAGUAUCGCGGUGAGCGCCUACCCAGAAUGCUGCACGACGCGCGGUAAAAAGUCCCGCGCGUCGUCCCACGAAGGACCUGCUCUGCGCCGAAAAUUGGUGCAACAUCGGCGCGGGAAACCCAGCGGGAAAGUAGACGCUCGUGCUCCGGCGGAAGCACGCAGCAUCCAUGCAUCAUUCCUGCCGCCGCGCCUGGGCACGCCUCCCGCCUACUGGCCGCGAUAAUCGCUGCCGAGAGCACCCAGCGCACAGCAGCCGAGCCGUCGCAGCCUCUUGCUGACUUGCACUCUACACAGUUGUGUUCACAGUACGUCCGAGACGGGGAAGAUGACUGAACUUCACAAGAGCCGUAUCAACUCCGAACCAGAGUCUGAUAGUUUUCAAGUAUUUAAGCAUGAAGAGAUAAAGUGUCACAUCCUCCACGUUACAGUUGAAAAAGGUUUCGACAUCAGCAAAGGAUGGCUGGGAAAUCUGUUCGACACGCCCGACCCCUACCUGGUGCUGUGGGUCCCCGGCACGCCCAACGGCCGGCGCAGCACGCGCGUCGUCAGGAACGACCGCAACCCGGAGUGGAACGAGGACCUCGCCUUCGUCGUCAACCCCGAGCGGGACUUCGAGCUCCGGGCCAUGCUGGUGGACAAAGGGACGGCCGUGGACCAGGUGCUGGGCAAGGCCAAGGUAGACUUCAGCGAUCUGCCGCUGGACGUGGAGGUCCGGCAGGAGCUGCGGUUCAAGCACGGUUCUUCAGUGAUGGUGAAGUUCUUGAAAAAAGACGACGCUGGCCGCGGGCCGCACCUCGUCUUCUCGCCGCGCCUGGCCCAGGAGGAGCUGGCCUUCCUGGAGGCGCGGCUCGCGCACGUGCUGUCCGCCCUGGGCAGCCUGCUGGGGCAGCAGCACCGGCCUCGGGACUUGGCCCAGGUGCCGCGCGUGGCCGUCGUGGCCUCGGGGGGAGGACUGCGGGCCGCCGUGUGUCUGGCCGCCGCCCUGGACGCCCUGCACCGGCUGGGGGUGCUCGACUGCGUCGCCUACCUCGCCUCGCUGUCCGGCUCCUCCUGGUACGUGGCGGACCUGUACUCGCGACCCGACUUCCCGGCCAGGUCGCCGGGCAAGCUGCAGCAGCAGCUGCUGGACAAGCUGACCGGCGGCUGGCUGAAGGUGUUCUGUCCGUCGCGCGUCGCGGCGCACCUGUGCAGCAUGUCGCGCAAGAAGAGGGCCGGUCAGCCCGUCAGCUUCACGGACCUGUUCGGCCACCUCGUGGCGGACCUGGUGCUCGGCGACAGGAAGGAUGAAACACUUUCCUCUCAGAAGAGUAAGGUUAUGUCUGGCCUGGCCCCGCUACCCCUCUACACCUGUGUGCAUAUCAAGAAGGACGUCUCAGCCAGGGUUUACCAGGACUGGGUGGAGUUCAGCCCGCUGCAGGUGGGCUUCCUGAAGCACUCGCUGUUCAUGGGGCCGGAGCAGUUCGGCGCGCGCUUCUACCUGGGCCGCGCCGUGCGCCUGUUCGGCGAGCCGCCGCUGCACUACCUGCUGGGCGUGUGGGGCAGCGCCUUCAGCAUCUUCCUGCGCCGCGUCAUCGAGAGCAGCCGCGCCGACGCGCUGUCUCCCCCCUCGUCCGCCGGCGACCCGGAGGAGGCCGCCGCCAGCGCCUCGGGUGCGGACCAGGGCCCGUUCGCGGCCGGCUGCUGGACCGAGGUGGACGGCAGCGCCGCGGAGGACGACUCGGGGACCAGCAGCCGAGAGGACGAAGACGACGACGAAGAGGACGGUGGACCCAGCCCAGCCAAGGCGGGCGGAAGAGGCGACGGCGCCAGGACCUCGAGGUCAUCCAGGAAGAGACUGCGCAGGAUCCUGAGGGACAAGAUAAGACGCCACCUGGGCCGCGCGAGCAGGAAGAAGCCCAGGCCGUCCAGGGCGGAGCGGAUCCUCAGCUGGCUGCUGCGCGGGCGCCUGGUGGACACCAGGACGGGGCGCGCCGGGGUGGUCUUCAGCCCCAUGAGGGGCGUGCAGUUCUCCGCCAGCGAGCCCUCGGCGCCCGCCACCUUCACCACCGCCGACGACGACGAGGACUUCGAGGGCUUCUACGAGCCGGUGUGCCCCGACACCAGGAAGCUGUUCGUGGCCGACUCAGGGCUGAGCUUCAACCUGCCCUACCCGCCCUUGCUGAGACCUCACCGCCGCGUCUCGCUCUUCCUCUCCUUCGAGUUCACCAACCGCCCCAAGGACGACGCCUCGCCAUUCGAGGAGCUGGUGCUCGCCGAGAAGUGGGCUCGGCUGCACCGCGCGCGCUUCCCGCCCGUGGCGCAGCUGGUGGCGCAGCUGCCCCCGGGCCCGCCGCGGGAGUUAUACGUGUUCCAGGACCCCGCCGACCCGCUCUGCCCCGUCGUGCUGCACUUCGUGCUCGUCAACUCCGCCUUCCGCCGGUUCAAGGACGUGGCAGGGGUGCCUCGCGAGACCCAGGAGGAGCGCGACUUCGCGGACUUCGACAUCUUCAGCGACCCGGAGAAGCCGUACUCCAGCUUCAAGUUCUCGUUCGAGCCGCUGCAGCUGCGGCGCCUGCAGGCGCUGGUCGACUUCAACGUCCGGCUGCACGAGCCUCUCAUCCGGGAGCAGCUGCGCCGCGCCGUGCUGCGCUCGGGCCCACAGCCGAGCAGUCCCGGACAUGGCCGAAGUCCACCGAAUGGUCCCGGACAUGGCCGAAGUCCGCCGAGCAGUCCCGGACAUGGCCAAAGUCCGCCGAGCAGUCCCGGACAUGGUCGAAGUCCGCCGAGCAGUCCCGGACAUGGCCGAAGUCCGCCGAGCAGUCCCGGACAUGGCCGAAGUCCACCGAAUGGUCCCGGACAUGGCCGAAGUCCGCCGAGCAGUCCCGGACAUGGCCGAAGUCCGCCGAGCAGUCCCGGACAUGGUCGAAGUCCGCCGAGCAGUCCCGGACAUGGCCGAAGUUCGCCGAACGGUCCCGGACAUGGCCGAGGUCCGCCGAGCAGUCCCGGACAUGGCCAAAGUCCGCCGAGCAGUCCCGGACAUGGCCGAAGUUCGCCGAACGGUCCCGGACAUGGCCGAGGUCCGCCGAGCAGUCCCGGACAUGGCCAAAGUCCGCCGAGUAGUACCGGACAUGUCUGAAGUUCGUCGUUCGCUCCUGCGAUUUUGCGGCUGGAAUAAAAAUAAAACCAUUUUAAAACAAAAAGUUUUUACAGUGUUAUUUAUGUUUAAAAAAAACAAUUACAGACAAUGGUAGAAUGGUUGGAUAAGAAAAUAGUUUGAAACAUCGUUACUGGUUCUUAUGUUUAUGGUUUGGAAAAAGUGUAUUCAUCAAGGUGUGGUUAUUUGAAUACGAAUAAAGGAUGUUCAUGAUUU